AUGAUGACCCCUACCAACGCCCCACCGGCCUACGUGGCUGCGCCUCAGCCCGUCGGCCAGCAACAACUGGUGACGGUGCAACCCGCUGCCGGCGUUACUUUCGGCACGGUCAACCCACAGCCUCGAAGUGGUAACUGGAAGGGUAUUCUAUGGACAGGAAUAAUUCAAGUGGUUUUGGGUUCCUUGACCGUCAUUCUGGGGAUUGUCACCCUUUCAGCAUUUAACCGUGUGAACGAUAGCAGUGAUAUUGCAUCCCCACUUUGGUGUGGUAUCGUAUUCUAUGGCUUCGCUGGAAUCUGUGGAAUAGUGUCUGGAUCUAAGAAGCAUUCUGGAUGGGCUGUCGGCUACAUGGUCAUGUCCAUCUUGGCUUGUUUGGCGACGUGCUGCGUCAUUGGUUUUGGUGCUGCCAGGAUGUCAUUCAUCAAUGAACACUGCUAUCCGCGUUUAAUUACGCGUUAUCUUUAUAAUUAUUAUGGCCGCGUCGUGGCCGUCUUCGUGGCCGUCUAUGACGAUCCUCGUUCACACUGUGAUUUGAAGGCAGCCAUCAAUGAUGUUUCUGCUACACUGAUACUUCUCGCCAUGGUGGAGUUUAUUGUCGCCAUCAUUGGUGCCAGCAUGGCCUGUGGUCCCCUUUGCAGUGGUGGAUCAGCAACUCAGACUGUGUUAUUCGCCGUUUCAUGCCAUGGAAUACCACUGAAGCUAGUAGACGAAAUGUAUAAAGAUCCACUACCAAGCUCGACCACACGUGGUGGUUACCACACAGCCUUAGGGACCGGCCUUCUACAACGUUCCCGCUGGCCAGCCACAAAUUGCCUACCCAGCUCAGCAGGGGCAGUAUCCACAGGUUCAAGCGCCCCCACCUGCUUACCCAGCCCAGCAGGUGCAGUAUCCGCAGGCUCAAGCGCCCCCAACCGGUGAGCAACAGAACCAAGAACUCAUUAAAUAGGUCAUCGAUGACCUUUGACCUGAUGGAAUUAUCUUGGGCUUGAAACGGAAUUUAAGUUUUGGCUUGUUCAUGUAAACUGUAUGGAUGCACCUUUUGCUUUUAGCAGUCACGCGUCAAGAAAUAGGUUCAGCGCUAAUGCGAUAUGUUGCUCUGGCUCCAUUUUAGAAUAUUUUUCUCAAAUGAAAGCUAGAAUGUUGGAGGUGCUUCAUUUGUAUCAAGCAGUCAAUGAAAAAAAGUAUAAUAUACUCAGAUAUUUACUCAAAAGCUGUUGUAACAUUACGCAUAAUGUAUAUAUUAAAUAAAGUAAUAAUGUGCCAUUCCCGAAAUCACAGCCUCGGCUGUAGACAUUCGGUGCAUGUUUUGCGUUUCCGACUGAAACACACGUUAGUUUUGUUUGAUUGGUUUGCCGCAUAUUCAAAGACGUCCAUCACUGAACGCCAAAGGCAGUGUCUUUCUGUUUGUUUUGUGCAUUCGAAAUUGCUCCGGCGCCAAAUUUAGCCUUAACCAACAGCAGGUUCACCGCUUUACAAAUAAAGGUGUGACCAAUAUAAGCUUUUAUAUAACCGACAUACAAAUUAUUGUCAUUUGAUUGGUGGAACUCACAUCAGAAUAUUGAGUUUAUGUUAAAUUGUUUGAGGUUCUAGAUAUGGAAUUUAUUGCCUUAGUUUUUAAAUUGGAAGGGGUUUCGGUUUUAUGUUUCACCUGGGGAAUCUGUAUGAUAAUGAAAUAAAAAACAGUUCUCUGUACAACGCAUAACGAGCUGCUUCUUCGAAUUAGAUCCAUUGGUUGAUCAAGCUGGUAUUGAUGGAAUAGCCCACAUUAGCUUUCUUGCAUUCACAGCAAAAACAAAUUAAAAAAAAAGAAUGCAAGAUUGCUGACUUGAUAUAGCUGCUGUGACUUUUUAAACCCGUUCCGUUGACUUAAACAGCACUUGGCGUAAGUUGCACACUUAUUUGUUUUCUUCUUAAAAGAGAUGUCUAAGCUUUGUCAUUCACACAUAUUAUAUUAGUCAGUACUACUGAGAUUUGUAUAUUAUAUGUACACAGUACUCAUUUUGGUUUUGCUAAUGUAUCAAUGAGCAAAUGAUAUGUCCCGAUGAGAAGAUGAUGUUUGAACGGUUUUUUUUGUAAUUGUUAUUAUGAGUAAUUAUUGUUUGAUAAUAUGUCUGUCAAUUUUGUUUGCAUCAGAACUUCCCGUACCGGGGGGGGGGGGGGGAGAGACCUUCUGUUGUGUUUGUGUUUGGUCAGGCUGCUAAAAACUCCGUUCCCCUGAUUUCAUUUCUGGGAUGCUUUCCAUACAACAAUUAAUGUUCUUUAGUCUUAAGAAAUAACAAAUGGGAAUGGACACGCAAACUUGUAAGCAUGAUAUCACGUUUAUUGUGAUUAUGAUUUAAUGUUUCUUUUUUAUCGCAACUUCGUUAUGCAGAUCCUAUAUCAAAGGUUUUAAAUAGACAGAAUGUUUUGGUUCUGAUCGCUCAACAUUAAAUAAAUAAUUUUCAAAUGUUUGAAUUUGCUUUUAAAUUCUGUACUUGUACUUUUAUAUUUGUUGUGAAGACUUUUCGUCUGGCCUAGACAAAAUAUAGUAUUGGACCCACGAAACCUCA